GCUAGCUCCUAAAAUCAUGAUUCCUCCCCACUUUCUCCUUGUAGCGCUCCCGAACCGCGGUGCUAUGAACCUGGCCCUCCAGCUGGCUGAGCGCCUCGCCCGCAUCGGCAGUUAGGUUACUUUCCUCACCACCGUGUUUGCCCACCGCCACAUGAUCGAUCCGGUUCGCCUUGAAGGUGUAACCUUCACCACGUUCUCCAAUGGCUAUGACGACGGGCAUAGGCCAGGGACUGACUCCGAGCGCUUCCACGCCGAGAUGAAGCGGCAGGGGUCAGAAGCUCUUAGAGGCAUCAUCGACCAUAGUUCUGGACGAGGCCUCAGGUUCACAUGCGUGCUCCACACGAUAAUCCCUUGGGUCGACGAUGUUGCUCGUUCCCUUCAAAUCAAAUCCGUUCUCGUUUGGAUUCAACCUGCUACCAUGUUCAGCAUAUACUACUAUUACUUCAAUGGCUACGAGGAUGUCAUUAAGAACAUUACAAGCCAAAGCUGUGAUACUACGUCGCUCAUCCAGUUGCCCGGCCUACCGUCACUAAACAACCGUGAUGUCCCCUUGUUUUUCAACCUUGAAAACAAGUAUGCUUUGGCUCUUCCAAAUUGCGAAGCCAAUUCGAGCAGCUAAAAGAGGAGGGAAAUCCAAAAGUAGUACUUGUGAACACCUUUGAUGCGCUUGAACUCGAGGUAUUAAGAGAGAUCGGUACACUGAAUAUGGUCGGAAUCGGGCCCCUUGUCCCAAUUCGUUUCCUAAAUGUGCAAAAUCAUAAUUCUUCUAAUAAAUCUUCUAGAGGAGACCACUUUCGGGGCUCUGAGGAUUAUAUUAAAUGGUUGAAUUCAAAGGAGGAAGCGUCGUUAAUUUAUGUAGCCUUUGGAAGCAUAGCAACAUUAUCGAAGGGGCAAAAGCGAGAAA